GGAGAAAAAACUGACAGCCACAAAACAGAUAGACCGAUCUCCUCCGAUUCAAACUCGCCGCCUCCGCCACCAUGAACGACACCGAUGUCUCCAAGCAGAUCCAGCAGAUGGUGAGGUUCAUCCGCCAAGAAGCCGAGGAAAAGGCCAACGAGAUCUCCGUCUCCGCCGAAGAAGAAUUCAACAUUGAGAAGCUGCAGCUCGUGGAGGCUGAGAAGAAGAAGAUCAGGCAGGAGUAUGAGAAGAAGGAGAAGCAAGUCGACGUCCGAAAGAAGAUUGAGUACUCCAUGCAGCUCAAUGCUUCUCGUAUCAAAGUUCUUCAAGCUCAAGAUGAUGUGGUCAGCACCAUGAAGGAUGCUGCAUCCAAGGAGCUCUUGAAUGUCAGCAAAGAUCAUCAUAAAUAUGCAAAGCUUCUGAAGGAUCUUAUCAUUCAGAGUUUGCUCAGGCUGAAAGAGCCUGCUGUUUUGUUGCGUUGUCGCAAGGAUGACCUGCAUCUGGUGGAGUCUGUUCUUGAAGCAGCAGCACAGGAAUAUGCGAAGAAAAGAGAUGUUCAUGCACCAGAGAUCAUUGUUGACCACACUGUCUAUCUUCCACCUGCUCCCACCCAUUAUAAUCCCCAUGUUAAUUCCUGUUCUGGGGGUGUAGUCUUGGCUUCUCGAGAUGGAAAGAUUGUGUGUGAGAACACUCUCGAUGCACGGUUGGAUGUUGUAUUUCGUAAAAAACUUCCUGAGAUCCGCAGAAGGCUCUUCGGCCAGGUUGUUGCAUAAUGGGAAGAAUUGUACUGUGUUAUACCCCAGGUUAUGAGUCCCUAGCGUGGUCUUUGACCAAAGGAUCUAUUGUUCAGUUGUUAUUUGCGUAUUUCCAAUUUACUUGUUCUCUGAAUAACUUUUAUAUGUGGUAAAAUAGUUUAGCUAUCAUUUUAUAUGGUGUUCAUAUGAUCCGGAGCAUGGCAAUGUACUCAUUCUUAUCAUUACAAAUUUACAAUGACAUUAAUAAAAGUUUGCAGCUGUAGUUUCACCGCA